GGGCUUCUCCAACCACGGCCCACGGGCCCUUAAUUAUAAAGCCACACAAUGUCAAGCACAAUAAGAAAGCCACGCCCACAGGCCACAACCGUGGCCUUACUGCGCGAUUUAAUUUCUAGUUCCUCAGUUCUACAGAAGCAGCAGGAACUCUCCCUUAUCCGAUGGCGUCUUCAUCCUCUGUACCAUUAUUAUUGGCUUUAAUCCCCCCAAAACGUCAGAUGGGGAUCAUGGGAAACCCUCCGAUUCGAUUCGGCCUCCUCGAUCGAGCCUACGACAGCGCAAGAAUCCGAUCCACGACUCUGUAUCUAUCGUACGUGCCCGUCCACAGUGAUGCCCAAAUGUCAACACCGACCCACUUGGUUUUCGUUCUUACUGCGCCAUCAUCACUGCCAACGUAAACCAGCAGUCCCGAUGUGGAUCACUUCAUCUUCAUCAUCCCCCCACAUGCCCCACUUGAUCUCUCAGUGACGAUCGCCCGAAACGACAAAAAAAGAAAGCGCAAAAGCAAUGGCGAUGCUGACGGAAUCACCAAAACCAACACCGGCAGGCGGCAACCACCACCACCACCUUCUUCCAUACCCCUCCGCCGCUGGAAGACAGAAGUUAUGGCGUCAUUCAUCUUCACGUCAUUUCGGGUUUAGUCUACCCAGGAGCAGCAACAUUUGACUUCGCGUGGUAUUGCAUAUUUGCAUACCACCACACCCACGAGUUGAGCUCUCUCUCUCUCUCUCUCUCUCUCUGUUCCUUCUCUAAUGGCGGUUCUUCUUCAUCUUCUUGUUUCGCCUUUUACGCUUCCCGUCACCCAUGUUCCCAGCUCUCAAGCCCAUUCCGUUGCUUCAAUUAGGGUUCCGGAUAGAACAAAUUUCCCAUUUCCCCCCUUUGGGGUUUCCUAGAUUCCUCCCUCCUCCCUCCUUUCUCAGUUUCUCUUAUUAAUUGUCAGUUUGUCACUCUGUUUUCCCCCCAAAAGUCCUCGAAUUUUCAAUUUUAACCUAAUUUCCUCUCCUACCCACUCCCUGUCGUGGAAUUCCCAGACCUGGGUUCGCGUUUGAUUUUGAAUUGGGAUGGAUUGCAGAUUCGGAUCCUCCGAUUCGAACGACAUUAUCAGCAACGGGAGCAGCUCCUGCUGUGUAGAAUUGCAUCCUUCUUCCACUUCCCAUUCCCAUCCCCACCAGCCGGAAUUCGCCGCGCUCCACCGUCUCUCUAGGAACCUCGACUCCGCCUUCGACCCUUCCUCGGAAUUCAACUUCUUCGCCGAUGCGAAGAUCGUCGUCCCCGGCGGCCGCGAGGUUCCGGUUCACCGCUGCAUUCUGUCGUCGAGGAGCGAGUUCUUCAGGAACGUGUUCUGCAGUGCCAAGGAGAAUUGCGGCGGCAGGUUUGAACUGAAGGAGUUAGCUAAAGACUACGAGGUUGGGUUCGAGCCGCUGGUGGCGGUUUUGGGUUACUUGUACAGUGGCACGGUUAGGGCUCUUCCGUCGGGAAUCUGCGAGUGCGUGGAUGAUGAUUGCUCUCAUUUGGCCUGCCGCCCCGCCGUGGAUUUCAUGGUCGAGGUUCUCUAUGCUUCUUUCACGUUUCAGGUUCCUGAACUGGUCGCUCUCUAUCAGAGACGGCUACUAGAUGUGCUCGACAAGGUUUCGACAGACGACAUGUUGGUAGUACUAUCUGUGGCGAACAAGUGUAGCAAAGCUUGUGAAAAAUUGCUAUCGAGAUGCAUCGAGAUGGUUGUGAAAUCCGACAUCGACAUCGUUACUCUGGACAAGGCCUUGCCACACCACAUCGUGGCGCGAAUCACAGACGCGCGAUGGGAGCUGGAUUCAAACGCCAAGCCUCGAGCAGCAGCAACAGCAGCAACGACUCAUUGCUUCCCGGACAAACACGUGAAGAGAAUCCAUCGAGCUUUGGACUCGGACGACGUUGAGCUAGUGAGGAUGCUGCUGAAAGAAGGCCACACGAAUCUAGACGAUGCAGAGGCACUGCACUAUGCGGUUGCAUACUGUGAUUCGAAGACCACGACAGAGCUUCUCGACCUGGGGUUGGCCGAUGUGAAUCAAACGAACUCGAGGGGUUACACCGUGCUCCAUGUUGCUGCAAUGAGGAAAGAGCCUAAGAUCGUCGUAUCUCUGCUGACAAAGGGAGCUCGGCCUUCUGCCCUCACCUCGGAUGGCAGGAAAGCUCUGCAGAUUGCAAAGAGACUCACCAGAGCUGCGGACUACCACAGGUGUAUUGAGGAAGGGAAAGCUUCUCCCAACGAGCGUCUUUGCAUCGAGAUACUGGAGCAGGCUGAGAGGAGGUCUCCGUUGCUCGGAGAAGCUUCUGUCUCCCUUGCCCUGGCUGGGGAUGACCUACGAAUGAAGCUGUUGUACCUUGAGAAUAGAGUUGGACUAGCAAAGCUUCUGUUCCCCAUGGAAGCCAAAGUUGUGAUGGACAUUUGUGAGAUAGAUGACGCAUCUGAGUUCCCAUUAGGCAAUAUCCACGGGAAGAACUCUACCACGGUGGACUUGAACGAGACACCUUUCAAACUCCACGAUGAGCAUCUCAGUAGAUUGAGAGCACUCUCGAGAAGAGUGGAACUAGGGAAGAGGUUUUUCCCGCGAUGCUCGGAUGUACUGAACAAGAUCAUGGACGACGAUGAUAACCUGACGCAGCUGGCGUGUUUGGGAAAUGGGACGCCAGAGGAGAAGCAGAGGAAGAGGAAGAGGUACGUGGAGCUGCAGCAGUUGCUUAGCAAGGCUUUCAGUGCUGAUAAGGAAGAGUUCGAUAGGUCUGCUAUUUCUUCUUCGUCUUCCUCCAAAUCUGUUGUUGGUGGUGGUGGUGGUGGAAUGGCGUCCAAGAGGAUUGCUACUGGUAAGCUUACUAGUAGCAGAAGAAGCUAAUCUUCUUUUUCCGACUGGGGAGUGCUCAAAGAGUACUGUAAACAUGGUUUCGAUGUUGAUACCUAAGAGUUCUCUCUCUGUGUAUUUUUACCUAUUGCGUUUGUCUUUGUAAAUUGAUCCUCAACACUUUUUGACCGGUGGUAGUGAGAGAUAAAUAAAGGGUUAAUACUUGAU